CCAGAGGAAACAAGUGGUGCAGUUUGACUGAAAAUUAUGAGCCGCUGAUAAUGGGGUCGUUUUCCAUUAGCCAAACAAAACCAGGAAAUGUAAAUCUGAUGACCAAAUAAUCCCCCAAAGUUGAAAGAAUCAGUCUUUAAUGGCUUCUCUGUUGAAUCCACCUCUCACUCUGCCUCAAAACAAGCUGAAUCAUGGAGGUGUCCUGGCUGUAUCUACCAGUGCACUACCAAACAAAAGUUUUCAACCAUCUUCAACACGACGGAGCCACAGGCGUUGUAUGCUGAUGAGAGCUAAAACGUCGCUGGAAGCGGAUAUGCUUCCAAAAGAUUCUGUAGGCACCGACGCUGUUGAUGAUAAGGAUUUUGGAGUUGUUAGCAUGCACCAUGUCGGAAUACUAUGUGAAAACCUUGAGAGGUCGUUGAACUUCUACCAGAAUAUUCUUGGACUAGAAAUAAAUGAAGCAAGACCACACGACAAGCUUCCAUACAGAGGUGCUUGGUUGUGGGUGGGGUCUGAGAUGAUACAUCUAAUGGAGCUUCCAAAUCCGGAUCCCUUAACUGGUCGGCCUGAACAUGGGGGCAGAGAUCGUCAUACUUGCAUAGCAAUUCGCGAUGUGUCUAAGCUGAAAGCUAUUCUUGAUAAAGCUGGCAUUCCCUACACCCUUAGUCGCUCUGGAAGACCAGCCAUUUUCACUCGAGACCCAGAUACUAAUGCACUAGAAUUUACUCAAGUUGAUGCUUGACAGGAUCCGGACUGCUUGCUCUCCAAUUUGUAAUCUUUAUAUAGUUAAAUAUACAGCUAUUGUGAAUAUACGUAUAGGGAUAUUCAACAAGUAACAGUCAACAACUCUUGGAAGCACUGCAGCUAUUAGCAUUAAAGUUAAAUAAAGUGGUGUGGCUUAUCAAUCCCCCCAAAAAAGUCAUGUGCUGUUUAUAUGAUUUGAACAUUUGUGGUUAAUACAAUUUUCACGAAUACGCAUUA